AUGCGAGCAUAUUCACCUCCCAAUUUUACACCUUUGCUUCCACGUCAGUUUCAAGCUACAUAUAAACCAGGUAGUAUGCUUGCAACAUUAAAACCUCAAGAGAGAAAACUUGGAUCUACAAGUGCUAUUUGUUCUGUAUCAAAUAUUCAAAUCAAUCCAAAGUUAGUUGCCAAACAUCAAGCUCAAAAGCAAAGAAAAGAGAUUUUAGAUUGGCUUUCUACAGAUAAUCCGCCUGCAGUUGAUUUACUCUCAAAAGUUUCAAAAUGCGCAACACCUUACUCAAAAUUAUUAACAGAAUCCGUUGAAGAACUAAGUUUUAUUCAUGCUCCUACAAGAUCUCAAAAAAUUGAUGAUCUCGAGAGAGAAUCAGCUUUAAACUCAGCUAAAAUGGAAGUUGAGAUUCAACAGCAACAAGAAAAGCUCACAAAAGUUAAAAAUGAAAAACAACAACUUCUCGACAAAAUUAAAAAAGCAAAUGCAAGGCUUGAUAAAGUCAACAAAGAUGUUUCUCUAUUACAAAGUCUAUUUGUUUACCAAGGAAUCGAUAAUUCUUCAGAAUCUAAUAAACAACAAGUUAUUCUCAGUGAAGAAACAUUAGAAAAGCCAAAACCUGUAUUAGAUCAAGAGUUAUACCGAGAUCUUUGGAAAACUCGUCAAGAACUUUUGGAUCAAAUCGAAGAAUUGCAGAAAAAUCUUACAAAAACACAACAAAUGCAGGUAGAAGAAAUGCAAGCUGUUUGUCGUCGUAGGGCCAAAGCUCAACUCGCUAGAACUGGCAUUUAG